AGUGUAUGUAUAACAUUAGCGAUUCCCUGCCGAACAAUGAGCAGACUGGAUUUGGUUGUCCUCAGCUCCACAUCCGGAUAAAUAACACCGGCACAACCUUUUGAUAUUACAUUCUGGUUUGGGUUAGGGAAAUAUUGACCUCUUAUUGUGACGUAGAACCAAGAAGUUCAUCCUUAACAGGAAUCGGCACCAUGAUAGGGAGGGAAGAAUGCCUGCUACAGUUUGAAGAAGCUUGGGAUAGUCACAAAGUCAUGGGGGUAUUCGGUUUGAAAUCCGUAGGAAAGAGCAGUACAGCAUUAGAACUAACAAGACGGUUCCAGGAAAGGACGAUCAAUACAUCAAAGGUUGUUGUUCGACUGCUCCCAAAGGCCAAGCCAAUGUUCCAGCUAUACAGGCGGAUUUUGUGCGAGCUACAUAUGUACGAUGAAAUGAGAGGAAAUAUGAAUCAGGCAGCAUCUUUAAUUACUGAUUUUAUUCAUAACUUGAACCAUGAAAUGAUUUUGAUUAUUGACAAUUGUGAGAACGUUAUUGAGAGUGACGAAUAUAUGUACUUCAUCAACUUCAUUCAGAGGCUUACACAGACGUCAGAACAUGUACACAUCAUUCUAACGUCAUGUGUUGCUAUACCGGAAGCAGAAAGACAUCUGGGAUUUUUUCAUGAACUUUUACCUCUCAAUGAGGAGGAAUCGUUUAUUUUUCUGUGUGAAAUCGCCCCAGAGGAAAGUAGAGCAAAUUUGAGAAAAAUAGCCGCUCUGUGUGAAGGCCUUCCGCUCGCCCUACAAAUGAUAGGUACCCAGCUAAGCGAUUAUACAGCUGAUGAGAUGAUUAUGUUGCUGACUGCUUCCAGAAUAGAGUACCUCAGUGACGAAUUCUUCCCAGCGGACGAGAAACCUGGUUUAAUCUACAGCCAGAUGAUCCAGCAGUUAUCUGUCCUGUUUCAACAACGACUCGCAGCUUUGGAAUACAUCCCAGCGUCAUUUCAACUAGAGCAAGCUCGUGGGAUGAUAUAUAAUAUAACCCAGGCAGAAAACCCAUCUCUACCUAUGAAUCUUCAACGUCAAGACCUCGACAGAACGAUGAACUACUUGCAUGAUCAUCACAUCCUAAGUUUUGAUCAAUCAGAAGGGCGAUACAACAUACACGGCAUUCUUCGAGAUUGCCUUCGGAUAUCCAACAUCAUAUGUGAUAAGCGAAAGGUGAGAGAUAGAUAUUGUCGUGUGUUUGGCAACGUUCUAAAGAACAUCAGCUCCAAACUCGACACAACAGAAUACACACAAGCGCUUGAACAACUCAGCCAUGAGUUUCCAAAUCUACAGAAGCUUCUCAGUGACGUAGAAUAUAGUACUGGUGACACGUACCAUAUGUUUGUGGACCUCGUGGCUUCAUCCUCACAACUACUGCACAACUACAUGGGAGAUGAGAGUGUCUCUUUUUACCGUAAAUGCUUGGAGAUAACUCCGCAGUUUGGACGACCCGCGGAUGAAGCUAUACUUCGGGGUGGAUACGGCAAAAUGCUCACAGUUGAAAGGGCGAAGUUUAGUGAAGCAGAAAACAACUACAGAACGAGUCUGGCACUACUUGGUGACGACCCCUUAUGUCCGACACACGUCACCAUCUACUCAGACCUCGGAGAAAACCUCAACCAUCAGUCACGAAAAGCUGAAGCGCUAGAAGUCCUACAAACUUCAAUUAGCAUAGCUGACCAGCUCGGAUUGUAUGACGAAGAGCCCAUUCUCAACACCUUAAUUAACCUUGGCAGAGUAUACGGACUGGCAGAACUCCGCGACGAGGGAGAGCGUUGCUUGCGGGAAGCUCUAAGCAGAAGUAUUAAGAGAUUUGGGACAAAGUACAAUAGAAUAUCGUCCAAGUGUUACAACAGUUUAGGUUCAUUAAAACAAACAGGUCAAGACUACGACGCAGCAUUAGAAUACUUCUCGGAAGCACUAGAAAUCAGGACAAUGCUCAAGGAGGGCGUGCAGGCCAUGGUUGCGUCUCUCAACAAUGUCGCACUGCAGAAAUCAGCACACGGCGACAACAAAACGGCCAUGGAUAUGUUGUAUCAGGCGGAACUAACACUAGCCAGAACCCCGGGAAUUCAUGGGAUAGGUCGUCUGGCUACUUUAGAAAACCUGGGGAGGAUGAAUCAUCGACUACGAAAUUAUAAUACGGCUAUUCCCUACUUCAAUGAGGUUCUGAAAAUACGGGAUGUCGAAACUCCGAGAAACGUAAACGUCAUGGAAAUGUUAGAACUACUAGCAGGGUCUUAUGUGGUACAGGGACGAUACCAAGAGGCUGUGCCCUUAUGGGAGAGGUCAAUAGGUAUAACGCCGGUGGUUAGAAUGGCCAUCCCUGGCUAUCAACUUCCGCUGUAUUGUUAUCUAAGUUACAUGGAGGUUUUGGUAAAGAUUAAUCAAAUUGACAGAGUAAAAGAAAUCCGAGAUGAAGCUGUAAGCGAAUAUGAACGACUCAUUUCCUUACAUCAGCGAAACGGGCGGACAGACCUGAUAAACCGAUUUAGAUCAAGAUUCCAAGCUACAAGACAGAGCAUCAGGGACAGCACUGGCUUUGAUAUUGCUAUCGGGUGACAUGAAAUGAUAAGGUUGAAACAGUGCAUGCCUCAACGGGUGGUACAUAAGAUACACAAGGUAUUGGUACAAUGCAAGACAGAUUGAUAGUUAGAUGCAGAAGAGCCAAAGUAAAGUAAAUGGUAUCAUACAGUUGUUUCGUCCUUCUAGGACUCGUCAGUAAAGCCACGGACAUCAUAUAGCUGUUUCAUCCUUCUAGGACUCGGCAAUAAUGCUAAGGACAUGAAUUGAUCAUAGCAGGCGACCAAAAACUCGAAAGAGGUCAAGAGGAAUGAGUGAUGAACAAACCCAUCAGCAAGUCUUUUGUACAAUCAUAACUCAACCGGAGAAAACGAAGGCAAAACGUGAACAAUACAUACGUACAAGAAGAUUAAGACGAUAUGUUCUACUUCAUCGACGACAACCGGCAUGCUAAUCAAGUUGGAAUGCGGGUUAAUUAAGUAACAUCCUCAAAUGAGAACUAGUGCGCUGACAGCGAAACUACUGCAUUGUAGGCAUAUCGAGAUAUAUCGUGCGCGUCUGACUUUAUAUCGCUUGAGAAAAUAGUGACCAUUUCAAUGGCAUGCUUCAGCAAGGAUUUUCAUAUUUAUAAACAUUCCUUUGUCAGGGCACCGACGGGAAGACUUAACCCAUGGCUGGUAACAUUAAACUGAUCUGAUACUGAGCAUUAGUCAAAUCAGGCAAACAGUUUUCGAAUGAAAAUUCUUGUCACCUAAUCAAGACCAAGAAAACAGUUUUCAUUUAAUGUUGUGAUAUCACUGACUUUUGACGAAAAGACGGGGA